AUGGACGGACUUUCUGUUGCUGCCAGCGUUGCCGGUAUAGUGCAAUUGGCAGACACUAUCUUCACACGCCUUCAGCGAUACGCGAAAGCCGUGAAGCACGCCAGCAAGGACAUUCGGAAUCUGUCAGAUCAAAUCCGCGAGCUUUCCAUGCUACUUCACCAUCUCAAGCUUAUCGUCAAUGGGCUUGAGGAGGAAGAAGAGGAAGAGAGGGAGGAGGCAGGCCUAUCGCGCGACGAGAGUUCGUCGAACUUGGCAGACUUUCGACUGCAUCAUGUCAGCUCGUGCUAUACCACCCUCAGAGGCAUUGAGGACAAACUCGACAAAUAUCUCCCAAAAGGACAGGAACAUCGAAGGUUUAAGCAAGCGCUGCGAGACCUGAAAUGGCCAUUCUCCGCCUCGGAUAUCAAGGAACUGCUCGCCGAGGUCGAAGCCCACAAACGGAACAUACAUCUCGCUCUGUCCGGAGAGACCCUAGCCGUAGUCUUCAAAACGUUGUCGCGACAAGAUGACCUGGCGGCUGGCAUUGAGGAAAUCAAGGCAAAUCAGAAUGAGAGAUGGGCAAUGCAGGUCCGAAUCCACCUCGACAAAAAGAAGGAAGACGUCCUCGCCUUUUUCUGUAAGGUCGACCCUAGUUCUAAUCACAGGAUGAGCUUGAAACUCAGACACCCUAUGACUGGUCUCUGGGUUACAGAAGGGUUGAAAUUUCAGGCGUGGCUGGUUACUCGAAAUUCAAAACUAUGGCUGUCGGGAAUUCCAGGAGCUGGGAAAACCGUGAUAGCCGCUUGCGUUAUCGAAGAAGCAAUGAAGAGAAGCAGCCAGGAUCACGCAGUUGCCUACUUUUACUGCGACUACAAAGACGAAGAGAAACAAAAACCUGUCGAAAUCCUGGGAUCAUUGGCAAAUCAGUUAGCCAAGCUGAAUGAGGAGGCAUAUUCUAAGCUGGAGCAACUCUAUCAUGGCUGCCACACAAACAAAUCCUCCGGAGCAUGCGCGCCCAAGCCUGAGGAGUUGUUGAGCACCAUAAACGAGAUGGCAUCUUGCUUCGAUGAGGUCUCUGUCCUGGUUGAUGGACUCGAUGAGUGUGGCAGAACACAUACACCUCAGAUUGUCCAACUACUUGCCGGGCUUGCAUCUGGCAGAAGCAGCAACACUCGAACUCUCUUCCUAAGUAGAGACGAGCCUGAAAUUAGUGCGAUUUUGAAAGAGGAAUAUACCCACUUAAGAAUCGAAGCUCACAGCGAAGAUUUGAGGCUGUAUGUGACAGCUGAGAUAGAAACUCGGCAGCAUAAGACAGGCAGAGAGCAAUUACGGAUCAGAAGUGCUGGUCUCAAAGACGAGAUUACCAAAACAUUAAUUGAGCGAGCGGGUGGAAUGUUUCGCUGGGUUUCUUGUCAAUUAGAUUACCUUUGCAGCUUACGGACAGAUGCUUUGAAAAACAAGGCCCUCAAAUCGCUACCACCUGGGUUGGAAGAGACGUACGAACGCAUUCUCCAGCAAGUAAAUCAAGAGGAUAUAACCAUCCAAAGAAUGGUCCAGAGAACAUUACAAUGGACUGUGAGCUCGUUAGCAAGAAUAUCGAAGACUGCGCUCUCUCAUGCGAUUUCUAUUGAAGACAACGACAGAAUUAUCGAUCUUGACUCGGUUUACGAAGAGGAAGAUAUUCUGAUGUACUGCAGCAGUCUAAUACGCCGAUCAGCAGAUGGCGAAUACUUUGAAAUGGCCCAUUUUACAGUCAAAGAGUAUCUAUCCAAGCUUCCCAUUGAAGGCGCCGACUGUUCAGAUUACUCGCAAGCACAGCAGUUUGUCUUCCCGCAACUUGCAAUCACUUGUCUAAACUAUCUCCUCCUUGACAGUUUUAAUGGGAGCAUUAUCGAAGAUCUCGAGACUUGGAAAGAUCAAUCCAACAAAUACCCCUUCCGUGAACACGCUGUCGAGUAUUGGACUAAAUACGCACAGGAACACAUGCAAAAUGAUCGUGUUUCAGAACUUUCUCAACACCUAUUUGGUGCUUCGCGAGGUGGAUGCUUCUUAUCAUGGGCUCGCGAUUAUUUUUAUCAUGAUGUCCUCACACUGACUGUCGAGGGGUCCAUGGCAGUUUUGUUCGAUAAAUUCACGCGCGACUUCUGUGCUGGUGGCUUGAAACCGCUUCAUAUGGCAGCAGCUUUGGGAUUACCAUCGAUUUGUAGUUGGCUUCUUGAGUCGAACUGUGGCGUUACUGAGAGGUGUUAUUUGGGAGCACCUCUUCACUGUACCAUCCUGGGGAGAAUUUGGCUUGUGAGGUCGCAAGUCUUCGAUAACUGGUUUAACUACAGAGCAGUAUUUGAUCAUGACGACGCUGAAGAUACGGAGGGCCGCAAUCAAGUGCUUGAGAUGCUUCUAGCCAAAGGCGCCGAUUGCAAAGCUUUGUAUCAAGAUGGAUUCGGCGUGGAAUUUUCGUGCAGUUAUCUGGCUUUCUUUUUUCAGAGUACGGCCAACGCCAACUAUCCUUUACUCAAGCUUCUUGCUGAGGGGUCAGAAUUGGAUGAGAAGGUGAUGGCAUACAUCGAACGACACUCGGACCGGAUUUUGGACGAAAGAGAUUUCGUUGAAGCUCUUAUCUGCAAACUAAAAGAAAUGGACCUGGCUCAAGCUUUUAGAUUACAAGCUGCGCUAAAGUUGGAUACCUCCGGUUCUCGUGCUAUCGCCAAGUACAUAUCGAAGAGUUCAGUACCCACCAGCACUUCUGGCCAGAUUGAUCUCUUUCUCUCCGCAAUCCGAUUCGACCAGACUGAAAGAAUGGAAGAACUGAUUCGGAAUGAAAGGCUCGACAUCAUACUCCAAGACCCAAACUCAAUUGCGGAAUUUCUGCAUGCCGCAGCGAAACGGAAAGCCAUCGGCGCGCUACGAUUGUUGUUGUCACUGGGUGCCGAUAUUAAUUCAGUCGACCAGGAUGGCUGGACAGCACUACAUUUCGUGGCACUUGACAUGGACAAGAACGAAAGGCACGAACAAUGA